GGCGGCGGCCCGGCUGGCUCGCAGCAGAGGCGGCGCUACGACGGAGCGGCUCUUGCAGGAGCUGAGCGCGCGCGCAACUCCAUCCCAGGACCUGGAGAGUGUGGAGGGGCUACAGUUCUCCAUCCUGGACUCUGCCUAGGGCCUGCUUCCCUGAGAACUGGAGAGAAGGGCCCCUGACUGCUGACCGUAUCCGCCUGCUGCCACCUACAUGUGUCUGGAGCCACUGGGACUGUCCUGGGAUCCAGCCCACUCACCCCCUGAGGCCAGAUAGAUGCUCCCACUGGCCAAAGCCUUUGCUUCCCCCAGGAACCCCCAGACCCAGGCCCCUAGUGAGCAGGACAAGGCCCCCCACCUGGCCAGCCCUGGGGACGCAGAGGCCUGGCGCUUGUGCUUCCAGCAGUUUCAGUACUACAUGGCAGGCGGGCCACACCACGCACUGGGCCAGCUCUGGAUGCUGUGCCGACAGUGUCUGCGGCCCAAAGUCCACUCCAAGGAGGAGCUGCUGGAGCUGCUAGUGCUAGAGCAGUUCCUGGGUGCCCCGCCCAGCAAGAUGAGGACCUGGGUGCAGUCACAGGCACCCCGCACCUGCAGGGAGGCUGCUAGCACACAGAUGUCUCAGGAGGAAGUUCUGGUAUCUCUCACCCACCACCAGGAUGGGAGCAUUGGCGAGGAGGAAGAUGAGAAGAGCCUGAGGUCCCAAAGAGACCCAUCCCAGGCAUUCCAGCUGCUCCCCCCGGAGGCCCAGUGGCUGCAGCCUGCCCGGACCCAGCAGAGUCUCCACACCAGGGUGGGGCCCCAGGCGCCCUGCACCCUCGGCUCCCUCGGCGCGCCCGUGCGCCUCGGAAGCCUCGUGUCUGGGACGAGCCUCCCUGCGGACCGGCCAGAGACAGAGCUCCGAGGACCUAGCCACCCCUCCCCGCACAGGCCCAGGACGCUGCCUGGCCCUCGGGGGAGCGGCGACCAGAAGUGUUGGAUUGACUCUGAGCCUAGUAAGCAGAGGCAUUCUCGUUUAAAUCAUCUCUCAGGUGGCAAGGCGAAGUUUUGGCCCGCAGUCCAACCCCUGACCCUUCAGGUACAGCGCACAUGAUGGAAAGGCUCAUCUAAACAACAGGACGUCUCAGCUGCCCUGAGCGAACUGUGACUCCAGCUCAUUCCCCUCCAGCGCAUCCCGGGCCCGCAGUAGGCAGGGUCCCUCGGAAACACAGACAUUGAAAUGACAUCAAGCCCCGCAGACCAGCUCUUGGCGCCCCUUCCUGCUUCAACAGCCUAUCCCCACCCAGACCGCCCGGCGCUGGGGUGGAAGAGGCCGCCUCCUGAGUCCGCGCCGCCUCUGCCCACUGCGGUCUCCACCCCGGGCCUCCUCACACCCUCCUCCGCCCAGAACAGUCUGCGCUGCGCCGGAGCCAGCCGCAGCCGCCCUCGGGGGAAGGGGUGGGUGCUGCUGCGCAUGAAUGAGGAGGUGACUGCCGCCCCUGCCGACGCCCCGUCCAGGGCUGCAGUUACCAGCCAGGGAAGCCGUCCUUGGACCUCCGAGGAGGCGGUGGCCGCGCCAUGCAGGCCAUCCUCACCGGUCUGUGCCUGGGCUGAUGGAGGGGAGGAUGUGGCUCAAGGUCCCGGGCCUGGAGAGGCGCUGCUGCGAAUCCCGGCAGCUGCUCCGAUUCACGGAAACCGCCAAGUUGAGUUCUCCGCCCAGCCUGCCCCGUCCCAAGAUGCUGCCCAAGCCGCUGUGGGAUAGAGCUGCAGCCCCUUCUCUUCUGCCCACUGCACGCAGCCUUGCCUCGCCCUCUGCCUUCCUCGGCCAGCAUCCCCUGCAAGACCCCAGCUACCUCCCAGCGGGACGCUUCCCAGCCCCCUUGUCUGUCCUCCGGCCCGUCACAGAGCAGCUGCUGGGCCCGGUCCUGGGUGCUCCGGAGGACCUGAGCCACGCGGGCCACCCUCCUCCCCAGCCCAGCCAGGGCCUCUGGGGUCGGAGGAGGGCUGGGCACUGCUAGCUUUUGAGGUUCCCGAAAUGAUUUUUUAAAAAGGAAGAAAUGUAUCCAAAGGGCUGUAUAAACGUUGUAGUGUAUUUAAUGUAUAUAUCAAAAAAAUUAACUUUAAAAAUUUUAUUUCUUUAAAA